UCUCUUCUAUUCCUUCAACGUGUGCAAGUUCUGACGUAGAUCAAUAAUUAUACACGUUAGCUCGAAGAAACUCAAUCCGCCCUCGUCACCAAAUCCUCUCAGCUCGAGUCCGAGCAUGAAGCCCGCACACACGCCGAGACCGAGCUCAAUCAACUCCAGUCCCAUACCUCCGAGCUCCAAGCGACACACGAGCGUGCGCAGUCCGAGCUUGCCGCCAAGUCCACCGAGCUCGAGUCCAUCACCGUCAAGCUCACGGCCCUCACCGCCGAGCACGAUGCGCUCCGCACGUCGAGCGACGAGCAGUCUGCUAGGGCGCGCGAGCUCGAGCAGGCACUGCACGCUGCACAGGAGGAGAAGGAGCACCUCGAGCGCUCGCACGCUGAGGCCGCUGGGCGCGUGCGUGCGCUGGAGAGCGAGCUGCAGGCACAGGUCGAUGCGCUCGCGAAGGCCGAGGGCGACGUCGAGGCGAAGGCCGGUCAGCUCGAUGACCUGUCGGUGAAGCUCCAAGGCUCAUCGGAAGAGCUCGUGCGUGCGCACAAGGAGCUCGACGAGAAGACCGGCGCGCUUCAAGAGCUUGAUAAGAAGCUGGAGACGGAAAGCGCUGAUCGCCAGG